AUGGACUUCCUUGCAGGACUCCGCGGCAAGGACUUUGUGAUGGUGUGCAGCGAUACAAAUGCGGCGCAAAGUAUAGUGACCAUGAAGUCGGAUGAGGACAAGCUGGUCCCGAUAGACUCCCACAAGCUGUUCGCGAUCAGUGGCGAGGCGGGUGACCGUGUCAACUUCAGCGAGUUCGUGAUCGCCAACGUGCGCCUGUAUGCCCUCAGGAAUGGCAUCCCUCUCAGCACCAAGGCGGUGGCGAACUUCACGAGAGGGGAGCUGGCCACGGCGCUGCGCAAGUCCCCAUACCAGACCAACUUGCUCCUUGCGGGCUUUGAUGCAUCGACAGGGCCAGCCCUGUACUGGCUCGAUUACCUGGCGACGCUGCACCAGACAAAUGUCUGUGGUUCAGGCUACGGCUCCUACUUUGUUCUCUCUCUUUUCGAUCGGCUCUGGCGCCCCGACCUCACACAAGAGGAGGCCUUUGAGCUGAUGCGCAAGGGAGUGGAUGAGGUGAAGGCGCGGCUGGUAGUAUCACCUUCCGCCUUCAUUGUCAAGGUCAUUGACAAGGACGGCACGCGAGUGCUGGGAACCCUGUGA